AUGUCUUAUUAUCCACUUGAUGAAUAUAUAAUGAAGCAUUAUCUGGAACUUUUCUAUCUAUCUAUCUAUCUAUCUAUCUAUCUAUCUAUCUAUCUAUCUAAUGGAAUAAUAUCAUUUCCAUAUCUUAUCCGGAUUCCAAUCCCUUCAAGCGUAUCACAAUUUGUUUUAUUUCUUUCCUUUUUCCAUUUUUCCAGAUUUAAAUUUUCUUCCAUUUUUAUAUUGAACUCUUUCUUUACUUCUUUCUUUCUUUCUUUUUUUUUCUUAAGUAAUAUUCUUCCUUUCAUGCUUUCUCAUUUACUUCUUUUUUCGAAUUUAAUUUUUACUUCUUUGUUUCUUUCCUUCUUUAUUUCUUCCUUGAGCCCUCCAACCUGGUCUUCUGCCUCUUACCAGUCACACUUUGCUUCAGGAAGACAAUCCUUUGCAGCGCCUUCGGGCAGGAUGACAUCAUAUGGCGCAGGUUUCUUUCUUUCUUUCUUUCUUUCCCAUACUGACAUUUCCUUUUCCUUGCUAUAUUUCAAUCUUCACGUUUUCUGGUGUUCUUUCUUGUCAUAUCAAUAUUUUUCUCUCUAUCUCUCUUCCUCAUUCUUCUUAUCUCUCUAUCUCGCCCUAUAA